AUGGCCGGGCCAGGCGAGCCCUGCGCGGGCCCGGGGGUCUGGAACCAGACGGAGCCCGAGCCUGUCGCUGCCCGCCUGCUGAGUCUGUGCUUCCUGAAAACGGCAGGGGUCUGGGUGCCCCCCAUGUACCUCUGGGUCCUUGGCCCCAUCCACCUCCUCUACAUCCACCGCCAUAACAAGGGCUACAUCCAGAUGUCCCGCCUCUUCAAGGCCAAGAUGGUGCUUGGGUUCGCCCUGGUAAUCCUGUGCAUCUCCAGCGUGUCUGUGACUCUUUGGAGAAUCCAGCAGGGAACGCCCCAGGCCCUUGAGUUCCUCAUACACCCCACCGUCUGGCUCACCACAAUGAGCUUCGCCAUGUUCCUGAUCCAUGCCGAGAGGAAGAAGGGCGUCCAGGCGUCUGGGGUGCUCUUCGGGUACUGGCUACUCUGCUUUCUCUUCCCAGCCACCAGCGCCACCCAGCAGGCCUCGCAAGGGGAUUUCCAGAGCGACCCCUUCCGCCACCUGUCAGCCUACCUGUACUUGUCUCUGGUGAUGGCGCAGUUUGCACUGUCUUGCCUUGCUGAUCAAGCCCCACUUUUCCCGAAAAGGCCCCCACAGGCUAAUCCAUGUCCUAAGGCUGGGGCCUCCUUCCCCUCCAAGGCCAUGUUCUGGUGGGUUUCUAGGUUGGUCUGGAAGGGCUACCGGAGGCCACUGGGGCCAAAAGACCUCUGGUCACUUGGGAGCGAAAACUCCUCAGAACAACUGGUUUCCCAGCUUGAAAAGGAAUGGACAAGGAACCGCAGCGCCACCCCGCGGCACACCAAGACGACUGCAUUUAAAAGGAAAGGAAGCAGUAACAAGGAGGCCCCAGAGACGGAGACCCUCUUGCAGCAACAGCGGGGGAAGAGGGGCCCGCUGCUGCGGGCCAUCUGGCAGGUGGGCCGCUCCACCUUCCUCCUGGGGACCCUCAGCCUCAUCGUCAGUGACGUCUUCAGGUUCACGGUGCCCAAGCUCCUCAGCCUCUUCCUGGAGUUUAUCGGGGACCCCAGCACCCCGGCCUGGAAGGGCUAUCUCCUCGCCGUGCUGAUGUUCCUCUCCGCCUGCCUGCAAACACUGUUCGAGCAGCAGCACAUGUACAGACUCAAGGUGCUGCAGAUGAGGCUGCGGACGGCCAUCACUGGGCUGGUGUACAGAAAGGUCCUGGCUCUGUCCAGCAGCUCCAGAAAGUCCAGCGCAGUGGGGGACGUGGUCAACCUGGUGUCUGUGGACGUGCAGCGGCUGACCGAGAGCGUCACCUACCUCAACGGGCUGUGGCUGCCGCUCAUCUGGAUAAUCGUGUGCUUUGUCUACCUCUGGCAG